AUGCUCGGCCGCCCGUCCAGCCGCGAGUCGCUGGCCUCGUCCUACGCCGCGUACGAGGCCAGCAAGGCCUUCGACAACGUCGACAGCUCGCUCGUGCCGUCCUUCGCGGCCAUGAACCCGCUGGCGGGGCGCGGCGCCACGGGGGCGGGCGCGCCGCGCUGGCAGCCCGUGCCGGGGCUGUACCACAGCAAGGAGUCGCUCUACUUCCGCUCGGCCGUGGGGCAGCUGCUGCAGCGCGCGCACGCCGAGAUCUCCCCCACGGACCUCGAGGUGCGCGCCAACACGCCCGAGUUCCGCGUCGAGGACGGCGACUGGGUGGCGCACAAGGGCCAGACCAAGUUCGCGCUGGACACGCCGCAGUUCCUCAACUGCGUGGCGCGCAUCCCGGCCAACCUCAUCAUCUCGCAGCACCAGGUGUCGCACGCCGUGCCCUCCAAGCUCGUGAGCGGCGUGCUGCGCAAGCGCGGCGAGGGCAUCAAGGCCUUCAAGAAGCGCUACAUGGAGCUGGACGGCAGCGUGCUGGCCUACUACCGCAAGAAGCCCGAGAAGCACGGCAUCCCGCUCAGCCGGGACGAGAAGAAGAGCUACGAGAAGGGGUUUAUUGAUCUGGAUCGAGUGUCGUCUGUGCAGCCCAUUGACAGCAAGUCGGAACCUUACGGGUUCCUCCUGGUCACGACAGCCAGGACGUGGGUGCUCGCGGCCGAGUCAGAGAGCGAGUACCAUCGCUGGGUCAAGGCGCUGUGUGGAGUCGUCAAGUUCUCAGCCGUCCACGUGAUCUACAAGCGGCAGUUCCAGCUGAGAGAGGUGAACGCUCAAGCCAUUACGGACGUGAGGAUGGCCGUGACCACGAGUGACACGGUGGGGGAGAUCGUCGAGCACAUCUUCAACUGCUACAAGCAGGCGCUGGAUGCGGCACCGCUCAAGCCGUAUGACCCCACCGAGUACCUGCUCAAGAUCACGGGCUUCCGCGACUACAUGAUCGACCGCUUCCGCAUCCUGAACGAGUACGUGCACGUCCGAGAGUGUCUGAUGACCAAGAAGACGAUCAGAUUGACGGUGGUGCACAAGUCCAUCAUCCGCGAGACGGCCAUGCUGAAUCUGAGUAUCCGCAGCAACCUGCAGCUGGCAGGGGAUUCCAGAGCGAGCAGAGCCACGGGGAACCAGGUCGACGAGGCGCUGGAAGCGGAUCGAUCCGCGUCGCUGCAGAUGACGACGCUGGGCGAUACGGACUGGGAGCAGACUCAACCUGAUAAGAAGGCUCCGAUCCCCAGUGUCAUGGUGCAGGAACCUUUCGCUAUCCGGAUCCACCGCGUCCUCAACAUCCCGCGGACGACGUGUGUGCUGAAACGAACCAGUGAAGCGGCCAAUAUCUCCCAAGUUGAGCUGGCUAGUGCGAGCGUGUUGGUUCGUAUCGCGCUUUACGAUGGGGGGCAAUUGAUUGAUAAUUCUGUCGUGGAUACCUCGGAUGUUCGUCUGAAGGCCCAGCGCAACGACUUCUUGUACGUGGAGUGGACGAACCCGGUGUGGCACAAGUUCAACAUUGGUAUUUCAGAGAUUACACGUACGAUGCGUGUGGAGUUGACUGUGAUUGGAAUCAAGAAGGUUAUUGGCGGCAGGUCGAACGGACAAGAAGAGAAGAUGCUCGUGACUGGAAUCAACGCGUUCGAGGUGGAUGGCAUGCUUACGCAAGGCUUGCAGUAUGUUCGUAUGCUGAAUAAUCUGUACUCUUGUGUGCAAGGCCCAGUGCCGCACGUGGCGUUGCCCAACGAGCCGUUGAUCCAGGUCGAGUUUUGCAAGUUCGAUGCCCCCGUCAUUUUUGACUGGAGUGACACCGACUUGCUCGCGUCAAGUGUUCGUCCACACCGAGCCAGUAUUGUCCAGAGCAGUCGGUCAAACAUGCUGCACAAGGAAGGGUGGCUCCGGAAGGUUGGGAACUACAAGAGCUUGACCCGUUGGCGGCGAAGGUGGUUCAUCGUGGACCAGAGCACCUGUUCACUCAGCUAUGCUGACGAUCAGACAGCAGCCCGCAAGCAGAUCUCGUUGAAAAACUGCAGUGUCAGCACAGCCGAUGACAUGAACCAAACAUUCACGACUGCGCCAGUCAACAGCGGUACGCGAAGGGUGCGUCAAACGUGGUGCUUCAAGGUGCGGCCUGUGAACUCCUCGCGUGAGUACAUAAUGUCGGCCGACACCAAGCAAUCUCGCGAGGCCUGGAUGAAUGCUAUUCAGACUGUUGCAAGCAACGGGUCAUUUUUCAGCGAUACUAUUACGUUUGGAGAGACGAACAAUGGUGAAUUGCUCUUUGAAGAAAGCCCACGACCAAGCAUCAGUGACCAACUGGGCAGAUUUAGUAUUUCGACUCCGUCAAAGCAGCGUCGGGACUCCGGCUCCUGUACCAGUGAUAGCUCAGGUCAGCAUGACACCUGUCUGAAGGAUCUCCGGAAACUGAUUUUGUUGGACCCGCUGUAUCGCUUCAGCCCCUACCAGAAGACUCAGCUGUGGAUGUACCGCGAGGAGUUGCUCGAUAUAUUCCAAGCGUUGCCUCGAGUGCUGUCCUGUGUUCACUGGGACGAUCCUAUGGAGGCUGAAGAAGCGCUAUCACUCUUACCGCGUUGGGCUGAGCCUGACCACCAAGCAGCUUACAUCGAGCUUUUGAAUGGCGAGUUUGCCAAUGAAGGUGUACGCACAUUCGCGGUGCAGAAGCUCGGUCUGAUGGCUGAUACGACCUUCAGUUAUUUCUUGCCGCAGCUUGUCCAAGCGAUCAAGUAUGAGAACCACCACGCGUCACCUCUGGUUAUGCUGCUGAUUGAACGUGCCAUUAAGAACCCGAACCAAAUCGGCUUCGAUCUCUUCUGGAGCAUGAAGGUGGAAUCACACAAUGAGCAGUACCGCGAGCGUUACGGAACGAUCUUGAACACGUACUUGGAUGUGUGCAGUUCGAAGAUGCGUGCUAUUCUGAAGCUGCAGGACAAGCUCUUCUCAGAAGGUGGAAUGCUGGAGCGUAUUUGCCAGAGCGUGAAGGCAAAGAAGAACGAUGGCCCGGCAGAGAUGAAGCGCGCAAUGCAGCAAGGACUCGAGGCGCUGAACGAGCUAUUGCCUGGUUCUUUCCAGCUGCCGCUUGACCCUCGUAUCGAAGUGGGUAAAAUCAUCGUGAGCAAGUGCCGCGUGAUGGACUCGGCGAAGAAGCCGUUGUGGUUGGUAUUUGAGAAUGCCGAAGAGGGUGGCGAUCCUGUGACUGUGAUGUUCAAGGCUGGGGACGAUGUACGCCAGGAUUGUUUAACACUGCAGUUGAUUCGUCUGAUGGACGAAAUGUGGCGUGAAGAAGGUCUUGAUCUAGCAAUGGAGCCGUACAAAUGUGUUGCCACCUCGCCGAUGACGGGUAUUCUUCAGAUAGUGCCCAAUUCGGUCACUACGGCCGAUGUACACAAGCGCGGCGGUAUUUUGGGGUCGUUCAAGGAUCCGAUUUUUGCCGAGUGGAUUCAUGCCAAUAACCCGGAUGCCAAAAGCCACAAGGCAGCCAUCAGCUUGUUCACACGCUCAUGUGCUGGCUACUGCAUCGCAACAUACGUACUCGGCAUCGGUGACCGCCACAACGACAACAUCAUGAUCUCUUCAGCGGGACGCUACUUCCACAUUGACUUCGGUCAUUUCUUGGGACACCUGAAGUACAGUAUGGGGAUGGCUCGUGAGCGCUCUCCUUUCGUGUUCACGAAAGAAAUGGCGUACGUGAUGGGCGGAACCCAGGGGAAAGACUUUGGCACCUUCGUGGAUAUCGCCAGCAUUGCGUACAAUGUGUUGCGGCGGCACAUGCACUUGCUUGUGUCGCUGCUGCUGCUGAUGGUGCCGGCCGAUAUGCCUGAGUUGACGGGUCGCGAUGACAUCAACUAUAUCGUGUCGACCCUCAAGCCAGAGUUCUCAGAAGAGCAGGCGUGUGAAUCUCUCCUACAGACCGUCUCUAAUUGUCUGGGAAGUUGGUCAAGGCGCUUUGACAACACUAUCCACAAUCUUGUUCACUAA